UAUGAAUGAAGUGGUAAACUACACACCAAAGAUUCCACUAUUUUUAGGCCACAUGAUUCUCUCUAUUACAAAGACCGAGUUAGUUUUCUGUUAGCAAUUACAAUUGAAAUCCUCCUUACUUCUUGUUUUUCCAUCUUCCUCUUUUCAGGAGAGGGAUUUCAUACACCAGAGCUGGCAAUGAGGCAAAGGUCAAGUAUUCAUUUCUGAUACUAAUAUUCUCCUCCCCCUCUGAUUGAUUUCUCUCCUCCUCCAAAAAAAACAUAAGAAAGAUGCAGCACUAUGGAGGAGUUGUUCAAUAGAUUUAGAUAAAUCGGGUCUUCGGCGGGUUAACUAAUCAAAUUUCUUCUGCUUCAAGCGAUAUAUAUAUACUUAUAUUGGUUCAACAAUGGAGAAGAAAGCAGCAGGCAACAUUUUGAUGCACAAGUACGAGGUGGGACGAGUUCUUGGCCAGGGUACAUUUGCAAAGGUGUACCAUGGAAGAAAUCUAAAAACGGGACAAAGCGUGGCGAUUAAAACGAUCGAUAAAGAGAAGAUAUUAAGAGUAGGCAUGAUUGAUCAGACCAAGAGAGAAAUAUCUGUGAUGAGACUUGUUCGCCACCCGAAUGUGGUUCAGCUCUACGAAGUCAUGGCCAGCAAAACCAAAAUCUAUUUCGUGAUCGAAUACGUUAAAGGUGGCGAGCUCUUUGAUAAGAUUCUCAAAGGAGGAAAACUCAAAGAAGACGUUGCGAGAAAAUAUUUUCAGCAAUUAGUGAGCGCCAUUGAUUUUUGUCACAGUCGUGGAGUUUACCAUAGAGAUCUUAAACCUGAGAACCUCUUGCUUGAUGAGAAUGAGAAUUUGAAGAUAUCUGAUUUUGGGUUAAGUGCUUUGUGGGAUUCAAGAAGACAAGAUGGUCUGCUUCAUACUACUUGUGGAACACCGGCUUAUGUUGCUCCAGAAGUGAUACAUAAGAAGGGAUAUGAUGGAGCCAAAGCGGAUAUAUGGUCAUGUGGUGUCAUUUUGUUUGUGCUGUUGGCAGGUUACUUGCCGUUUCAAGAUUCAAAUAUAAUGGAGAUGUAUAAAAAGAUUAGGAAAGGAGAAUUCAAGUGUCCGAAUUGGUUUAAGCCCGAGGUACGCAAGCUUCUCUCGAAAAUCCUUGAUCCGAAUGCGCACAGUAGAAUCACUGUUGCAAAAAUUAUGGAGAAUUCAUGGUUCACUAAAGGGUUCAAGCCGGUUGAGAGCCACCUCGAAACUCCAAAACAAGACAGGGUUCCAAGCUUUGGAGACAUAAAUGAAGCAUUUCGCCAUGGUACAAGUAGCUGCGAUGAUGAGGAAAGUUCAGAAGAAAGACAUAGUAUGAAACCCACUUGUCUUAACGCGUUCGACAUCAUUUCUCUAUCGGCUGGAUUCAAUUUAUCACCCCUUUUUGAGAAGGACACUGAUCAAAAGUCCGAGUCUCGGUUCACAACGACAAAAUCAGCGUCGACAAUUGUUUCAAAAUUGGAGGAAAGAGCGGAGACGGACAGGUUCAAGGUGAUGAAGAAAGAUGGUGGAAUGGUGAAGCUGGAAGGAAGCAAGUCAGGAAGGAAAGGACAUCUUGCAAUUGAUGCAGAGAUUUUCGAGGUCACUCCGUCGUUAUUUUUUGUGGAGGUAAAGAAAACAGCAGGCGAUACAUUGGAAUACCAGGAAUUUUGUAACCAAGAGCUCAGACCUUGUCUCAAAGAUAUAUUAUGGAUUCCGCAACCGCAAGGAGGCCCUCAGCAGCAGCCACAACCACCAUUGCCUGUUUAGAUUGUUGAUUAUUAAUCCUCAAAGGCUCAGAGUAGAAUUUAUUUUUCUUAAUAUGGUUCAUGCGCUUCUCUAACGGAGCUGCAACUCCUUUUUCCUUUUCGUAUCGAAAUGGAGCUGCAAGUCUCUGUAAAUGGAAAUGUUCAUGAAUUUCAAAUAUAAUGGAGACGCAUCAUUGUUUUCCCAGUAAAAAUGUUCAUCAACUCCUAUUUUCAGGAUCUCUGGGUCUUCUUGUCAGAUUUGUUCAUUUUGCAAUUUGGU